CUGAAAGCUAACUGCUUGCUGUUUAAUUUGACAUCAAGAUGCUAACUAGUUAGCCAAAAGAAAGUUGGUCCGUGUGACAUGAAAGAUCUGACAACACUGAGGAAAACAGGUCCCUGGUUCAGUCUGGACUCUGGAGCUGCAGUAAACGUGGAGCUGUGACAGUUUUCCAGCUGCAUUUCUGACUGCUGUUCUUCUCAAUGAGGUCCAGAGGAGCUCAGGUCUGGCUCCGGGCUCCGGGCUCCUGCUGUCUGUCGCGGCUCUGCCUGCCUGGAUCUCUGCCCAGCAGACUGGCUCUGGUCCGGACCUACAACCAGCCUCCACCCACAGACCCCAGGCCUCCUGAUGAGAAGGGCCGGGCUGAGGUGGUGAAGCAGCAAGCCCUGGCUGCCCUCCAGCAUGCAGGUGAGUUGGGUCAGCAGUGGGGUCAGAGGUCGGCUCAGGCAGCCAACGCCACCGUCAGCUACUGGUGGGAGAAGUACGAGGAGUUUGUUGGACUCAACGAGGUCCGAGAGGCCCAGACCAAGGUCACAGAGGCUGAGUCAGCGUUCAUGGUGGCCAGAGGGAUGGUCCGAGAGGCUCACAGCAGCCUGGAGGCCCUGCAGGUCCGUCUGAAGGAGGUCAGAGACCGGCUGGACCGAGUCUCCAGGGAGGAGGCGCACUACCUGGAGCUGGCCACGCUGGAGCACAAACUGCUGCAGGAGGAGCGGCGUCUCCGCACAGCGUAUGAGAACGCCGAGGGCUCGGAGAGGGAGAAGUUCUCCUUGUUCUCAGCCGGCGUCAGGGCGAGCCACGAGAAGGAGCGGUCCAGAGCCGAACGCACCAAGAACUGGUCCAUCCUGGGCUCGGUGCUGGGGGCCCUGAUCGGGGUCAUGGGCUCCACCUACAUCAACAGAGUCCGCCUGCAGGAGCUGAAGAAUCUGCUGCUGGAGGCUCAGAAAGGUCCAGAGAGCCUGCAGGAGGCGCUCCGGGUCCAGGCUGGAAACCAUCGCUCCCAGCAGGAGGAGCUGCAGACGCUCAUCGACAGCCUGGGGCUCGCCCUGAGCCACGCCUACUCUCAGAGGGACGCCGUCCUCCAGGACAGCAAAGCUCCCAGCCCGGCCCCGCCCACGCUGCCUCUCUCCGUCCUCAAAGACCUCCAGACGGGCCGCCAGAAGACUGAGGCCCUCCUGGAGGCCCUGCAGCCUCAACUGGGAACGCUGGAGCGAGGACUGGGGAGAGUGGAGGGAGAGAUGUCGGUGGUGAGGAAGCUGCUGGAGACCAGAGCGAAGCCUGAAACACCAUCUGAAGCUCCAGCUGAAACACGAUCUGAACCACGAUCUGAAGCUCCAGCUGACCCUCAGGCUGCUCCGCCUCCAGCUCCAGCUCCAGUGAGCCCAGAGAGGGCGGAGCAGUGGGAGCAGUGGGAGCAGUGGGAGGCGGAGGAGGUGGUGAAGCGUCUGGAGGAGACCCAGAGGACUCUGGGAGAACGGAUCCACACUAACACGGUUUAUAACGCCGUGUUCACCUACACCGCCACCGCCAUCACCAUCUCUGCCGUCUACCUGCUGCUCAGAGGAGCCGGAUAGACUUUAUACCAUUAAAAUAAUAAUAUUAAUAAAUAUGUUCACAUGCACUGAACCACCAUCAGCUACUGGGAGCCAAAAUACAACAAUAACUGAGCUUAUACAGUCAUGGAAGAAAUAUUAGAGCCUUGUUUUCUUCAGUUUCUUGUUCAUUUUAAUGCCUGGUACAACUAAAGGUUCAUUUGUUUGGACAAAUAUAAUGAUAACAACAAAAAUAGCUGAUAAGAGUUUAAUUUAAGAGCUGAUAUCUAGACAUUUAACAAUUUGUUUUUAUUUCGAUAAUUUUGUGUCCUUUUUUGAUCAUUUUUACAUUUACAGUGAUGGAAACAUUCUUGAUAAUAACCAAAAUCAUUAUCAAGAAUGUUUCCAUGACUGUAGAUGUAAAAAUGAUCAAAAAAGGACACAAAAUAACAAAAAAAUAGAUGUAAAAAUGACGACGAAAAAUUAUCGAAAUAGAAACUAAUUGACCCAAAAAAUAUGUAAAAAUGAUCAAAAAAGACACAAAUUACAAAAAUGACACACAAUUACCCCCCAAAAAGGGCAAAAUUACCAACAAAAUGACCAAAGAAUGUGAGGUAAACUGUUCCCCAGCAGAGCAGCGUUGGAGUUGGAGCUGAUAUAUUUAGACAUUUAACAUGGUUUCAUUGAUAAUGAUUUUGGUUACUAUCAAGUAAACCAUGUUAAAUGUCUAGAUAUCAGCUCUUAAAUUAAACUCUUAUCAGCUAUUUUUGUUGUUAUCAUUAUAUUUGUCCAAACAAAUGUACCUUUAGUUGUACCAGGCAUUGAAAUGAACAAGAAAUUGAAGAAAACAAGGGUGGUCUAAUAUUUUUUUCCAUGACUGUAAUUGAUGGGUAUAUUAGGCAAAGUUAGUCGAGCCACGUGAGUUUUUGAUUCAGCCUCGUCAGCCUCAGAGGGAGAGAGCUCCUUGAUGAGUUGCACUUGACUUUUUUUGCCAGACGUGUCAGGAAAACCUCCAACAUGUUAAUUUAUGACGUUCCACAGGACAUGAAGGUCAGUAUGAACACCUGAAGGAGCAAAAAUGAACAAGAAUAAAUUAACUGUCAUGUUAGAAAACAGUCCUUAUGAAUGACAAAAUAAAAAUUACCAAUUUAAGCCCUAUUAUUAAAGUUUUACAAAGCUCUGAUUGCCUUUAAUCGCUGCAGUCUUUUCUGCUCUUUAGAUCAAAUAUAAAUAAGUGAAAUGAACUGUGUGUUAAAAUGUAUAAAACCUUUGUGGAGAGGUGCAGACUGAGUCUCUGCAGGUCUGAACCUCCUGCUGCUUGAACAUGAUGAUGAUGAUGAUGAUGAACUCUGUUAUUAAACUGUCUGUGCUGCUGAGUUAUUGUUUGUUUAAUAACAAACUAAAUCACUGUUUGUUUGAUGAAGAAAGACUUGAUUCAUUGUUUCACACGAGCUCUACAGAAUUAUUCCUGUUUAUUAUCAAACAAAACUGAGGCCUGUAAAUAAUAAUUAUUUUCAUUAUCGAUGAUGAUCUGCUCUGAGGACUUUCGCCUUUUUAAAUGUUUUUGAAUGAUUCUAAUUGUAAAAAUAUUUAGUUUAUUAUCAUAUAAGACAAAGAAAAACUGGAAAUCUCCACAUUUGUGAGGUUGAAACCAGCUUUUUUUUUAUUUUCUUUUGGCGUGUUUACAUAAUUAAUGACCUAAAUACAGCAGACAAAAACUUAGCUUUGUCAUAUUAUUAUAUUAUAUAUUAUAUUAUUUGCUGUUUUUUGUUCUUAAAGAUGAGCCAAGAUAACAUCCAUAAUACGCAUUUGUCUAUUUACAUCUGUAGAGUUCAGAGAACUGUAGAGGCCUAAAUUCACCAGAAGUAAUCAUCAUUUCCAUCUGUGAACACAAAAUCUGAGAUAACUUGUCUUAAUGUUGUUAAAUGUGUCUUAAUGUGAGUAAUUUCCUGGGGAAGUUGCAUGGUGAUAUAUAUAUAUAUAUAUAUAUAUAUAUAUUCAGCUGGAGUGUCUUGAUAA